UAUCACACAAUCAUUAGAUACUAAUCAAGAGGCAAAAAUAAUACUUUAUAUUGUAGUGUAUACUGUGGCAUUAAAAGUAUCUGUGUUGUGUUGGUAUUAGCAGAUUAUUUAACUGUUGGGUGUAACUGUUGUUUAGAUGUCUGGUGGUCACAAACAUCGAUAUAAGAAUGUUGGUUUGAGUGCAGAUGAACUUAGACGUCGUCGUGAAGAAGAAGGUGUCCAACUUCGUAAACAGAAAAGGGAACAGCAGUUGUUUAAAAGACGAAAUGUUAACCUUCCUGCCCCAAAUGCACCAGAUAUUGCAUUGCAGGAUGAUAUUAAUAUAUCAUCUACUGAUGAUAUUACUCCAGCCAUGGUGGCUGCAAUUUAUGGAGAUAAUCCUCAAGAACAAGUUAUGGCUACACAAAAGUUCCGAAAACUUCUCAGUAGAGAGCCCAAUCCUCCCAUUGAUGAGGUUAUAAGGACUGGAAUUGUGCCUAAAUUUGUUGAAUUUCUGACCAACAGUUCCAAUCCCACAUUACAGUUUGAAGCAGCAUGGGCGUUGACAAAUAUUGCGUCAGGUUCUUCAGAGCAGACACAAGUAGUGGUAGAGUGUGGUGCGGUGGGUGUGUUAGUGGGGUUAGUAGCGAGUGGGGCUAAUGACGAUGUCCGCGAGCAAGCUGUGUGGGCACUCGGCAACGUCGCGGGUGACUCGCCGCGUUGCAGGGAUACAGUGCUGGCUGCUGGUGUAUUGCCACCGCUAAUAGAGAUUUUAAAUAAAUAUACAAGGUUAUCCAUGACAAGAAAUGCGGUGUGGACAUUGUCAAACUUGUGUAGAGGGAAGAAUCCGCCCACAAAUUUUGAAUCAGUUGCCCCAGGUAUUCCAGUUUUAGCCCGGUUAUUACAUGAUACUGAUGCUGAUGUGUUGAGUGAUGCCUGUUGGGCGCUCUCCUAUCUAUCUGAUGGACCAAAUGAGAAGAUACAAGCUGUGAUUGAUGCUGGUGUCUGUAGAAGACUUGUUGAAUUACUUAUGCACGGCAAGUCGACUGUAGUGUCAGCCGCGUUGCGAGCUGUCGGUAAUAUUGUGACGGGCAACGAUGCACAGACGCAGGCGGUGUUGAACUGUCAUCCGUUGUCCAAUCUGCACGCAUUGCUGCGAUCUAACACAGAGACCUUGAGGAAGGAGGCCUGUUGGACUCUCUCUAAUAUAACAGCAGGCAACGCUAAUCAGAUACAGGCAGUGAUCGACGCAAAUAUAUUUCCUACAUUAAUUGAAAUUUUGAAACAAGCCGAAUUUAAAACAAGAAAAGAAGCUGCCUGGGCUAUAACGAACGCCACUAGCGGAGGUACUCACGUUCAAAUUAGGUACUUGGUCGAGCAAGGUUGUAUACCGCCAUUAUGUGACUUAUUAACAUUAACAGAUGUUAAAACAAUUCAAGUUGCCUUGAACGGAUUAGAUAAUAUAUUAAAAGCUGGUCAACAGUCAGAUCAUCGUGACAAUCCAUAUGCGGCUCUGAUUGAGGAGUGUUUUGGUUUGGAUAAAAUAGAAUUUUUACAAUCUCAUCAAAAUCUGGAUAUCUAUCAGAAGUCGUUUGAGAUAAUUGAAAAUUUCUUUGGUUCGGAAGAAGAGGACAGCCGGUUGGCUCCAGCUGUAUCGUCCACAACCGACCAUUACCAGUUUAGCACCGAUCAGUCUGUGCCUAUGGGAGGAUUUCAAUUUUAACACAACCCUUAUAUAAUUGCUGCUUUUUAUUGACGCUCCUUGUGCAAUGUCUAUAUAUGCUGGAGUAUGGACUUCAUUAGACAAUGAAUUUUUUGAACAAACAAUUACACCUGAGUGUAUAAAUAUAUUUUGCACCGUUUAUGUAUAAGUCAUUUUAUUAUUAAUUUAUAUGUUUGAAAUUAUUAACAAAACGCGCUUUAUAUUUUGCUAUUGUAGAUAACGGCAUUAUCUAGUUCAUUUUUAUUGUAGUUAAAAAUUAUAUUUUGUUGGCCUUCAUGUCAGUUUUUGUUACUUAUAAAAUAAAACUGUAUAUUGUUAU